CACCCAGCUGUGUUUCCAUGAAGAGUGACAGGUCAAUGGAGCCCCCACUCAGAUUCAGUGAGGGACCUUUUCCUACAGAUCAGAGGUCAACCGGGAAAAGCCCAAUACUAACAAGCUGAAAGGAGCCAUAUCGCCACCUAUUGUAUCGGAGUCAAACACACUUCGGUCAAUAAAUCGAUUCCCCUCCCAUGUACGUAUACUGGGAGAAGGACAGCAGUCCGAUUAAAGGGUGGAAUUAGCUGUGCAUGUAAACGUACCAGCUGAUGCACAGCUUCUCUCUAUCCUGAGAAUUUCCACAGCUCAGACUAGCCCCAAACUGUGAUGAAAAGAUGCCAAGCAUCCGGCUUGGGCUGAUAUGCAUCAGAGCAGAGUGUGUUUAAAUGCGCGUUUCCUUUUUGCAUUAUCUCCUGUAAGUACCAGGUAGACUGUUAAUAGCUGUAUUCUUGAAAUAUUUGCACAUUUUCAACAGAUUGAUUAUCAAAAAUAUUUUUGUUUUGGGUGUUAAUGAAAAAUAAGGAUUUUAGAUUUUGACUGAAGAAAUUAUUCUUUUGACUUUUUUGAUUGCCUGCGAUGAAACAUUUUCAUUGGAAAUGACUCAGCAAAAAACUGCUUUAGAGAGGAGGACAUAAAUGAAUGCCACUGUUUUUUUGUUUUAGUGUGAUAUCGCAUUUGUUUGUUUAAUCUAUAAGCUUGGUUUGCUCUGAAUGUCUUGGGUGACGAUAAAUUCAUAUUUCUGUAUGAAUAAUUUAGGGCUGCAACUAACGAUUAUUUUGAUAAUUGAUUAAUCUGUCGAAUAUUUUAUUUUAUUUCUUUUCAAUUAAUCGAUUAUUAAUCGGGGGGGGGGGGGGCAAAACCAAUUCGAUUUCCAGCAUUUUUUUAUAACCCAAACUGUCUUUGUACAAAGGAUGUUUCCAGCAACUCACAUAAAAAAUAAAAUAAUUACAUUAAGAGUAAAAACAUUAUUGUACCAGUUGAAUCAAUGUAAUGAAAAACACAAAAUCUUUUAUAAAGCGCAUCCAGCAUUUUUUUUUUAUCGGUGAUGGUGAACAGUUUCAAUUACUAUAGGCCGUAAGGUGAAGCAGCUUUUCGUUUCAUUCCGUUCCCAUAUAUGGGGCACUACAUUCUUUUUAUUCCAAUAAAAGGAUCAAUUGGUAUAGAAUGAAAAAAUAAAAGUUCUCCAUGUGUAAUCCAGCAGUUAUUUUUUUACAAGUGUAUAAAGUUGGCAAUAGUCCCAUCCUCGCGUAAUCAUUUUUUAAAGGUGAGAGAUGCGGCUUCGCGUCACGUGCUUGCCGCUAGACCAAUGAGAUGGCAUAACGUCGGAACGACAUGUUAACAUGGUCUAAGAUGGCAGCGCCCUUGUCGUCACUAUCGAGUAGCGAAGAGGAUGAAAUUAUUGUCAGACCUCCACCAAAAGUCAGUAAAAGGGUUUAUAAAAAAUGCUAUAUGCAUCUCACGUCCAUAAAAACAGAAGAAACGAAGGAUUUUACACGUACACGGUGGGAUACAUUUAGAAACUGCAUCAAACGGUGGCUUGACUUGCAGGGUGAGAGUCAGAAAAUAGCAGAAACAUACAAACAUUGUCUAGAAAUCGAGUUUGACCGUGUGCCCGAAGACGCAGGGUUUCACUCCAUUUGCUACCGGCGUUUUAUUGACAAAAAGCGCUUGGAUGCGGCCGAGAAACGAGUUUCACGGUGCCCUGAAGCUGGUGAUGAUCAUAACACAGACCAGUCUGUGUAAUCGGGAAAUAGUAUUUCGUCAACGUAUUGCCCAACAAAAAAACUUAGGUCCAGUACCGGACUGCCGAUAGCUUGUUCGGGUCCUGUACUUCCUGCUUUGUGCAUAAUUUGCAAGAAAAAGUACAUCACUGUGGCAGGCAAACGCCAGAAGGACAAUCUUUCACAAGCGGAGACGCUGUCGGCAGGUAUAAAGCACACGUUUGAACUUAAAGUUAUAUGUCAUAUACUGAGAACCAUAACUAACUUUCAAAUACAUCAAUAUUUACAUUACAUGUACAUUAUAAUGUUUAUAGUGCAGUCAGUUUUUGCAUACACAUAUGCAUGAACAGUGAGAACUGUUAUGUUUUUUUAAAUACAUAUUUAUUACAGGCCAAUUGCUCAAAGCAGCUGAGAUGAAGGAAGACACUAGCAUUCUUGUGCAUAUUAAAGACAAAGACUGUGUGUCUCUGGAAGUACGAUAUCACAAGUCCUGUUACAGACAGUACACCAGGUUCUUGACAAAGUCUACUAGAUUCCAUGCUGAAUCCUUUUGACUCACACCAAGAUGGCAUUGUGUCUUGGCUCUGGAAUAGUUGCAGCUAAAGAAAUUAUGAUGGAUUUGCUCACAGCUUCAGAAAAGGGGGAAAAUGCUGUUCAGGAAUUUAUGGACCAAAGACUGCUAUCACCAUCAGUUGACGUAUUUGCCCCCAUCAAAAAACUAAAACUAAAGACAUUCAGUGAUCAAGCCAAGACAAAUAAGAAAUCUGCAGCAGGCAAGGAAGUAAUUCUACGUGCAGACAAGAAGCUUUUCUCCAGACUGCUCGUCAUAGGUCAAAGAAGAAAGAUAGACUUGAGGGAAAUUCUCUCCUACUCCUUGGGAACUGUGUCAUAUGCUUUAUCAAGUGCUGAUGGUUCUCUUGCAAAAACAAACAAAUCAGCUCUCAUGGAUGUUCUGGAAACCAAAGGUGGAGACUGUUUAGUUGACAGAGUACCAGUAAAUGGAGCUAUACUUUUUGAUGGCAUGGCAGUCAUUCAAGCCAUUCAGUCCAUACCAAGUACCUUCGGGGAGCUUGCUGACACUAUAUUAUAGUACUUAGUCAAGCUUGCUCUCAAGCACAACCGUACACGGAUAGAUUUUGUGAUAGACAAGUAUCCAGAAAUUAGUAUUAAAAAUGUAGAAUGAUCACGCAGAGCUGUUGGUGGCACACAACAGGUAAAAAUUUAUGGACGGGAUCAAAAGACACAACACAAUGGAAGAAGUUUCUGUCGGAUGGGACAAACAAAGAAGCACUGGCAGAAUUCCUCUAUGUAAUGUGGCGAGACGCUGAUCUUACCAUUUUAGGUAAGGACAUACAUUUAUACAUAACACAUGGAGACCUGUGUCACUGCAUGGCUGUAACAGAGGGUUUACAAACUGUCAGUGCUGUUGAAAAUCUGAAAUGUGAUCAUGAGGAAUGUGACACCAGGUUGUUUUUUCAUGCAAAACAUGCUGCACAGGAACACCAAACUGUAGUCAUCAAGAGCCCUGAUACUGAUGUGGCAGUGAUUGCAUUAAGUCUGCAGCCAGAUUUACCAUGCAGAUUGUAUUUUUUCACUAGGGUUGGCAACAAAAUGAGGAUCAUUGACUUAUGUAAGGUGUCAUCAGCUCUCGGCAACAGUGUAUGUUUGGCACUUAUUUGGAUCCAUACCUUCUCAGGCUGUGACUCUACAAGUGCCUUUUAUGGCAAGGGGAAAAAAAAGUCAUUUUCUGUUGCUUGCGAGAAAGAGGAAUACCUGACUGCAUUUAGAAAUCUGGGUAGCAGUUUUAAUUUGGACCAGUCUACCUUUGAAGUGCUUUGCAAAUAUGUCUGUCACCUAUAUGGCCAAUCAUGUGCUAAAAGUCUGAACGAUGCACGAUACAAAGCAUUCUGCAUGGCAUCAUCAGCUUUGCCAGAACGAUCCAUGCCUCCGACAAGUGAUGCUUUGUACCAACACUGCAAAAGGGCAAACUACCAAGCAGCCAUAAUGAGACAUUCUCUGAAAGGUAAAAUGUGUGCCCCUUCACCUGUUGGCAAUGGAUGGCACCUCGAGGAUGGGGAGUUAACAGUGACGUGGAUGACUAGAAAUCCAGCCCCUGAUAGUGUGUUGCAGGUUGUCCACUGCAGUUGCAAGUAAGGCAAAUGUGAGACUGGAAGAUGCUCCUGUAUGUCUGCAAAUCUGUCCUGUACAGAUUUAUGCCGCUGUCUCAAUUGUACAAAUGUUUUCCAGGAAACAGAGGAAAGAGCUACAUGUGAAGAUGGUUCUGAUGAUAGUGAUAAGGAUAGUAGUUAUGAGUAAAGGUGAUCUGUGUCACAGGUUACUUGGAUUUGAGCUGUAAUGAAGCUGCUGUAAAAUGUUUAAUAUUUGUCGUUAUUGAAAAAUUAGUGCAGCAGUCCAGCAUUUCAAGUCAUUUUAGCCAACUUGGACCAAAAACUGUUUUUAUCUUUAAUUUUGUGUGAUUCCUAAGUGCCUACUGAACAUUUUAAUGAAUACAACAUAACAAAAAUGUUUAAGUUUCAAUUUGUUCUUCAGUUUUAUUUGGUGCCAAUCGGUGAAGUUGAAGUGCGUUAUAAAAAAUAAUUGCAUUAUUUCAUGGUCUUCCUUCAAAAUUGAGUUGAUUAAUGCACCAAUACUUGUCUCAGAUAUGUAGCUACAUGUAUAAAUGUGGAUUUGACAUAUAUUUUGUUUUGAUUAAAUGCGUAUUAAUAAAGUUACAGGCCAAACUAGCAGCAUGAGAUUUUCGUUUUUUGUAAAUUCCUAAUUAUACACAUUUUUGCAUCCUGACAAAAAACUGCAGUAUUUUUUGUGGAGAACUUUUAACAUAGAAGCCAUAAGACUGUUGUCUAUCCAGAAAUUCAUUAAAAAAGUAGUGCCCAGACGUGGGAACGAAAAGUGAUUUCUAGCCACUUUUUCUAGGUUCACCUUAUGGCCUAUAAUGAGAUACAAAGACCUUCUGUUUCUAUUCAGUGCAGAGAGCAUUUCUUUGCCUGUUCUGAGAAAAAAAACCUGUUGAAGUCUCCACCUUGAAAUGAGCUGAAUAACAAUUUAAUAAAGAAAAUACAUAAAAGAGAUUUUAACAGCGGGGGCGGCAUGGUGGUGCAGUGGUUAGCACUGUUGCCUCACACCUCUGGGACCCUGGUUCGAGUCUCUGCCUGGGUUAGUCGAUUUUAAUCGAUUUAAUCAAUUAGUUGUUGCAGCCCUAGAAUAAUUUAUCAUAAUACAUCUGACUAAACACGGUCAAUUUAAGACUAUUUUUCAAUACAUAUUGAUCUGGUUUGGCCGUCAAAUCCAAACCAGUUUUUAAUUUUGCCCCCCGUGAGUGAGUUUGACACCCCUAGCGUAUGCUCUGCUUAAGCUCGAAUCAUCAGCGCACAAGUAUAAGUGCUCACUACGGCGUAAGGUCUGCAUGUGCUCGACACACCAGCACAGAAUUAGAGUAAAGUCACUCUUAAAAGUCACAUUUCUUAAGUUUGGUAUGAAUGUUGUAGGAAUUAAUAAGAAUUUUUUAAAACCAAGUAUUUGCAGGAUGUAAGAGAGAUAUUAUGUGGUACCUUGGGCGGAGCUUAAUUCUCCGCUUCUGACGUCAUAAGAGGAAGUAGCGUAUCCUUGAUUUUGAUUGGUCGAGAGUUUAUGCCCAUAUAUGGUAUUAAUACAUGCUUAUGCCACGUUUUGCCGAUAGGGGGCGAUAUGGUUUUGGGAGAUUGCCGUUAUGUCCAUAUAUGGUAUCAAUACAUGCUUAUGCCACGUGUUGUAUAUAGGGGGGUUUGGGAGAUUAAGCUUUAAUAGAAUAAAAAUACAUUACAUGUAUUUUAUUAAUGUGCUUUUUGUAUUACGUUUUUAAAGAAUAAUAAAACAUAGAGCAGGAUGAAGGCAAGCUAGCGCAUACACGUUCAGCGGGGGCGUCCGUCCGGCAGCGGGUUGUUAGUAAGCGCCGCGGCGUAUUUUAAAAGAAAGUACCCAAAUGUUUUAAAGAAGAAAGCCCCAAAAGAAGAAAACCCUUAGUGUUAUUUUAAAAGAAAAAGCAGGGUGAAUUUUAACAAACAUGCCUGAAAGAAGCAGCAGAAGAGCAAAUUUAAACAAGCGCAAACGAUAGCAGCACAACCAAACCAAACCAAUAAACAUACAGCCCGUCGUUUUAAAAGGAGAGCACUCAUUAUAUUUAACCAACACGAAAGACUUUAGUUAUAUUUACCAGGUUGGAGAAAGCAUAUAAGCGGCAAACUAUUAGAAGAAAUAGGACGAAACGAUCCCGGAGACUCGCCACAUGCAACUACUCUGUUUGAACAACGCGGGGCGGAAUGGACGAUCGCUAGUCCGGCGUUUGGCGCAUGCGCACCCACGCCGCCUCCCCUUUCAAAAUGGCGACGCCGACGGAGCGCCUGUUUUAGCAAAUAAAACACCUAUAACCGUAAUGUUUUAAGGAAUGAAGCACUUUUCUGCCAAUGUGAAUAAUAAAGUAAAGCGGUCUGAGCAUUUUCGACAGCAAUAAUCAAAGAAUAACGCGGCUAAUUCUUGUUUAAACGAGCGCAUGCGCGUAGAUCCACACAGUAUUUCCUUUAUUGAGCCAGCUCGUUGCGUCAAGCAACUGUCAAAUAGCUAACUAUUGUCGCUGGACCAAGAAUUCAUGCAUCUACCUUUGCAAUGCAACUACCUUUUUCUCGGGUCGACAUGCAAUACUUGGCAAUACCGUUAAGCAGGGGUUAGCUCAUCAGAACAGCAGGAUGUUGUGUAGGAACGGCUGAAACUUAGGCAGCAACAAAUUCUUUCGUUAUAGCGUUAUUUUAAAUGUGUAUGGGUGUGAUAUAUGCCAUUUAUGCAAUGAGGUGGAAUUAAACAACAGGGGAUCCGACUGGUUCCACAAACAGCAGCACCACUAAUGUGUUAAACAACGAAUAAAAAACCAUUAAUUACACAUGCUUACGUAUAAAAUAUAUAAAAGUUUAAGGAAUAAAGAACACGACAAACAGCCGCACCACUAAACAAGGAAUAAAAAACGAUCAUUACCACAAAUUAUGAUAUUUAAGUAUAAAAAUAAAUAAGUUGAGGACUAAAGCAGUCGACAAACUACCCCGUAAACAAGGAUUAAUGAAUAAAAUUAUUUCAAUGUGGCUAAAGUAGACGUACGCGAUUAUUUAAUAGGGGGGCAAAAGCACAUUUUAAAAACUGGCAAUAACUCGAACGGCGGUAAAGACGGGUCGCUAGCGCCACCCUGUGUCCACAGCAUGUGGCCCCACAGCGGGGAAGGGGCGGUCCAGCCCCCCCCCCCCCCAAAAAAAAAAAGUUUCCCCUAUAUUAAGGACGACGCUGUCGACCAAAAAUACAGAAGAACUUGAAACGUUAUCGACGAUCAGCUCACGACACCAAAGAUGGAAAUGACAAACUGGAGGUAUGUUAAAUUUCUUUCGCCAUACUUUAAAAUUGUUUGAAUUGUCGCUAUUGUGAAAACAUUUGCGAUUACUUUUGACCAAGAAUUUUCCACGGUGUCAAGCCCGAGUAAGCCCCGUGAAGCAGAGGAUUGGAAUAGCGGUAAGUUAAUAUCAAUGAUAAGCACAUCAAUGGAUUUACUGUUUUAAAAAAUUGUGGAAAGACUGAAAGUUUUAUGUUCACUGUCGCAGAUAAGGACGCCGACCUGUUAAGCACGCCGACGGUUAUUUUCAGAGAUAAUCGUGAAGGGACUGUCCACAGACAACAUAAGCGGAAAAGAACGGAUAGUUUUAACGACACUGCCGAUGAUGAAUUGUUGAUCGCUGCGGCUGAAAAAAUUGAAGCGGGUCUAGCGACGGCAGAAACUUCAACCGACGGCGCUCAGAGCGAACCUGAAGAACAGUUGGAAUCUACGCCGCCGGGUACUCCUACUACAGGGGUUGUGACCCCGGACCAAGGGUUCCCAGCAAGCGGUGAUCCAGCGACCACAUCCCGGGCCUUAUCGGGACCCCUGCAGAGGACGCAAGAUUGGGAUAUUGACCAAUUAACACCUUGGCAGUGGCCGGUUGCGAGCUCCCUGGACGGCGCUGUAUCCCGGGCCGAGAGGCUGAAGGGGCUCAAGGUAGCUUUUUUCCUUUUUCAGGAUCAAAUGUGUGAUUUUUUGGCGGAUUUGUCUGAUCAGAUAUAAAGAAUAAGCACGGACAUGGCAGAAAACUGGAGGCAGUGGAGUUUUGACGGGGGUAGAAGCAUGCAUAUAAAUGAUGACGACGAUGGUGAAACGCCGCUGAACCCCGAUCUGCUUCGGCUGAUUGAUGAACUGAAUGACGGACCACCGGCUGAAAUUAACCCCUACAUGCUCGCCUUAAUAAAUGAUUUAAAUGAGAAUGGUGCUCAUGAAGCUGUUGAGGAUAUGGACUAUGUUAAUAUGGGUGACGCUAUAGACAAUGUAGACGGGUGGCUACCAAAUGCUCAUGUGUCUAUGAAUGUGGAAAUGGCUGACGACAACGCGGCUGACAGCGGACCGGACAACGAUGUGCAAAUGCUUGACGCUGAUGACGGAUCGGCCAUGUACGCUGAACUGCAUCAGAUGAUUGCUGAACUGAAUGGUGAGCAACCGGGUGAAUUUAACCCCAUUUUACAAAACUUCUUAAAUGAUUUAAAUGAUGAUGAAGAUGGAGCGGCGGGGGACCCUGAAAUUAUGGACGUUGAUAAUGGGGGACAACAACAACAUGGUGGGGGCGCAGCUGAUGGUGAUGUUAAUGUAAUACGCAGACCACAGUUUAACAACACUGAAAUAAGGCAACGCUUUCAUUUUGAGGGGAUUGAGCAUGAGGACAUAGUAGAUGUCUACAGGUCUGUUAUACAGACAUUCCAAAAUUUGGUGGACAGAGUGAACGCUUUAGCGGGGCCUGGGGAUAUCAUACAGGUGGAACUGCAGGGCGAUUCAGUGACUAAUGACACAGCUAUACAUGUUCGAGGCGAGAUCGAUCUAAAUGAUCUGCUAUCGAUGGUAGACAACCUUACACAGAGUAAUGCCGAGGUUUUUAGCGAUGAAACGCUGGAGCUGGUCGUGCAGAUUAUUCAUAAUCGAAAUGGUGGGGCGGCCAAACGACAGAAAUUAACAAAACUUUUAAAAUCUGAAAUUUUGCAAAAGAAGCUCAGGUGCCUUAUUGUUUCUGAAAACUCUGGCAAUAAUCUGUGCUUUGCUUACUGCGUAGUCCGCCUCUUAAACCCUGACAUGUCACAUGAGAUUGCUGAGAUAGAAGCUAAACGUUUGCAGGAAUCAGUCGGGCUAACUGUGGCCGACAUGGUUUCAUUCUCAAACAUAGCAGAGUUUGAGCGAAUGCUUGGGGUCAAAAUCGUUGUGUGGUACCGCUGUGACAAGUCUGACAUUUUUAAGAAAUUUCAGACAAACCCCGAGCCUCGUAAUAAAACAAUCUUUCUGUACCUUCAAGAUCAGCAUUAUUUCGGCAUAAAAAGCUUGACGUCGUUUUUUGGGGAAUCGUACGUCUGUGAUUAUUGUUAUGCAUCAUUCAGUAUUAAAACAGGGCACAAAUGCGAGUAUUACUGCAACGUGUGUCUCAGUCCCGAGUGCCAUAAGCACCGCUCAGCAUACAUACAUUGUGAGGACUGCGGGUCGUACUGUCGAUCGCGGUAUUGCUUCGAGCAGCACAAAAUCUCAAAACAGCAACCAGGCAGCACUGGUGUACACAGCUUGUGCGACACAGUCAAGUAUUGUGACAAGUGUAACAAUCGGUACACCGUCACUAAAAAUAAUCAAAAGGGUCAUAAAUGUAAACCAAAUACCAGAUGCGCUUUUUGUAAGGAGGACUUGACCCCUGACUGUACGCAUCAGUGUUUUAUCGAGCCAGUAAAGAGAGAGGACUUGACAGACCGAUAUGUGUUUUACGACUUUGAAUGUAGACAAGAUGAGGGGACGCACAUUGCUAAUUACAUCUGCUGCAUCGACUUUGAGGGCAAUUGUUGGACCGCUAAGGGGGAUGGCUGUGUGGCAGAAUUUUUCAAAAAGUACCGCAACCGUAAAUACAAGGGGUACACAUUCAUAGCGCACAACUCUAAAGGCUAUGACAGUUACCUGCUCAUGAAAUAUUUAGUUGAGAAUGGUAUCACACCCCACAUUAUUACACAGGGCAGCAAACUGCUCUGUGUGACAGACGAGGACUUUAGCCAAAGAUACAUUGACUCCCUCUGCUUUCUGCCCAUGAAGCUGAGCGCAUUCCCCGCCGCUUUGGGUUUUGAGAGCGAAAAGAAGGGCUAUUUCCCACAUUUUUGGAACACCGUAGAAAAUCAAAAUUACAUCGGUCCCUACCCACCACCAGAGGCAUACGGUGUGCAAACCAUGAUGGAGAAGGACAAGAGAGAGUUUAUGGAGUGGUACGGUACUAUUGCGGGCGAGGUGUUUGACUUUAGAAAAGAAAUGGCAGAAUACUGUAAAAAUGAUGUUGUCAUCUUGAGAGAGGGCUGUCUCAGGUUCAGGGGUGAGAUUAUAAACAGCUGUAAUCUAGACCCUUUUCAAUGUGUCACCAUUGCCUCAGUGUGCAUGAAGCAGUUUUGCAUGAGUUUUUUGCCUGAAAAUACCGUCGCUCUAACCACUCCAGAUAAUUACAUCAAGUGACAAAAGGCAUACUCCACACCAUCUAUCCAGUGGCUGGAAUACAUCGCACAUAGCGAAAAACUAGAGAUACAACACGCGCUCUGCAGAGGGGAGGUGAAAAUGGGUCCCUACUACCUCGACGGCUAUGCCGAAAUCGACGGGGUUCGUACGGCGUACGAAUUUGCUGGGUGUUUUUUUCACGGGUGCCCAGAAUGCUUUGAUUCUAACACACUUAACCUCGUAACAAAACUUCGUUUUGGGGACAUGCAUCAGCAGUUUCAGGAUAAAAUAUUUGCCCUUAAACACACGUACAACCUCAAUGUACAUGUUAUUUGGGAACACCAGUGGGACAAAAUGAAGGCUGAAAAUGCAAGUGUACAGGCGUUCUUGAGGGAAUUUGACUUUCCAGAGCGCAUCGAUCCUCGGGACGCUCUGUUUGGCGGCAGAACUAACGCCUUGCAAUUGCACUACAAAGCAGAGGGCGACGACCGUAUAGAUUACUACGACUUCACGAGCCUUUAUCCCUCUGUCAACAAGUUUAAGGAGUACCCGGUAGGACACCCCGUGGUCAUUUACCGCGAUUUUGACAGUGUGGAAAACUAUUUUGGGUUGAUCAAAGCCAAGGUUUACCCACCGAGAGGUCUUUACCUGCCGGUUCUGCCUUACAGGUCCGGCGGUAAACUCAUGUUCACACUUUGCAGAACAUGCUGUGAAACUGAGACGCGGGGGGUCUGCAAUCAUACAGAUGAGCAGAGAGCUCUGAGCGGUACGUGGUGCAGUAUCGAAAUCAACAAGGCUGUUGAAAAGGGCUACAAAAUUGCCAAGAUUUACGAGGUCUGGCAUUUCCCCGAUAGGACAGACACACUCUUUGCUGACUAUAUUAACACCCAUUUAAAGGGAAAACAGGAGGCUUCGGGUUAUCCCUCUUGGGUAAAGAGUGCUGAGGAUAAAGAGAGAUACAUUCAGACCUACUUUGAGAAGGAGGGCAUCCGCUUGAACCCCGAAAACAUCGGGGUGAACAAAGUGAAACGCCAAAUUUCCAAAUUGUUUUUAAACAGUCUUUGGGGAAAAUUUGGACAGAGGAUAAAUCAGGCAAGUACGACGCUCAUCAAAGACCCCGAUGAGUUUCUCAUGUUCAUUUUUUCAAAGCUGGUCAAUGUGUCUCACUUUUCCUUUUUGAAUGACAAUGUGGCAAUGGUCCAAUGGCGGAACAUAAAAGGGUUCCCUAACAUGCCGCGGCACGUCAACACGUUUAUUGCGGCGUUCACUACCGCGUAUGCGAGGCUCGAGCUGUACAACCUCAUGGACCGCUUGGGGCGGCGUACGCUGUACCAUGAUACAGACUCUGUCAUUUUUGUCAGCAAGCCGGGGGACUGGAUGCCACCUUUGGGUGACUUUCUCGGUGAGCUGACAAGCGAGUUGGACCCAGAUGAUCACAUUGUGGAAUUUGUUUCAGGGGGCCCCAAAACUUAUGGGUACAGAACCGCAAAAAGUAAAACAAACUUGAAAGUUAAGGGAAUAACGCUGCACAACACCAAUUCGAAAGUUGUCAACAUCGCAUCCCUCACAGAGUUAGUUCACGAUUUUGUGAGUAACCCACGUGACCCCCCUCGAGAGAUCAGGACAUCUACGCAGCAAAUCUUGAGGGAUAAAAGGGGGUUCCUUUUGAAAACUAAGACAGUCAACAAGUGUUUCAAGGUUGUGUACACCAAGCGGCAGCUACUGCCUGACUAUUCCACACUGCCUUAUGGCUACUAGUGACGGGUUCGACAAUAGACUUCAACACCCAUUCUCGUGCAUUAUAUCGGGACCGAGCAACUGUGGCAAGUCUUAUUUCAUUAAAAGACUGCUUGAGAAUGUGGAUUGUACAUUGUCCAGAGUGCCUGAAAACGUCGU